AUGACCAAGCAGGAGGUGUGCAGUGGGCAGCAGUUGGAGGUGCCACAGCAACAGUUCCACGGCCAAAGGGAGCGCGGCUCCAUCCGUGGUUGCAGCCUGGAGACGACUCCACCGCGCAGCGGAGCGGCGAUGCCUGCCCUGCUUGCGGAGGGCCAAGGCAGGUCAGCUGGCGCCAGGCAGGGCCGGAAGGCAAGCCUCAGCCAGCGCGUCCAGGAGCUGCGCACCGUCAUCGCCUUGCAAGAGCAAGGGAGGAAGUUUUUCACACGGUCAUGUGAGGAAAAGCUCAAUCAGAAGAAAGAGCUGCUCCCCCGCUUGCGUGAGGUGGUGCAGGAGGACGUCUAUGCCCUGGGCAUUGUCCAGAAGUGCAACAAGCUCACCACCUCCGAGGCUUGCGGAGCACAGAAGCACUUGGGCAUCGCUUUGGCCAGGAAGACGGUGGAGGUGGCCCAGGAGAAGCUCCGGGCCGAAAUCUAUGACCGGGUGAACACGUGCAACAUGCUGCUGUACCAGAUGAGGCAGCGGAGGCGAGCCCGGGGCGAGCUGCGGAGGCGGCUGCAGGAGCUGCAGGAUGUUGAGAGGGAUGACAAGCAGCACCAGGCGCAGAUGCAGGUGAUUCGCCAGCUGGAGAACAACAUUGAGAAGAUGCUCACAAAAGUCCACACCGGACAGAAGGUGACCGCCCUGUACCUGGAGGUGCGGGAUGUCCUCAGGAAGGAGCUGGCCCACCUGCCUCUGCACCUGGACCUCCUGUGUGGGAUGGCCGAGCUGUACCAUGGGGAGUUGGAACACCUGGAGCUCAUGGCCUCGGAUGCCCUCAAAGCCGCUGAUGUAACCGAGGAGGACAUGGCCAAGAUGGAAACCCGGUUCCUUGCGGAGAGAGAGCUCAGGUACCGCUCCCUGGCCGCCCAGAAGGUGCACAUCGACAGAGCCUGGUUUAAGGAAGCAAGCGAAAAGCAUACAAGAGCGCAAGCCAGAUACGAACCUACCACGGACUUACCGACCCUGCACCCGCAGGACUCGCUGGUGGGUGCCAGACUGGAUGCCACCAACUCCCAGAGGGAGCACAAGGCCUGGGUGACCGAGAAGAUGGAGAAGACCAAGGCUGCAGUGCAGUGCUCCCGCGUCUGGGACAUCCCCAGCAGGCUCCUGGCACAGCAGAAGUCCGCGGUGGACCUGGAGCAAUACGUCAAGGAGUGCAAGGAGAAGAAGCAGGUGCUGAAGGAGACACUGAAGGAGCUGGAGCUGAAGCACGCUGAGCUGAAGUUUCACCCACCCCCCAACACAACCAGUUGUAUGGAUGUGAAUGUGGUUGGCUCCAGGAUGCUGGAGGAGAAACUGAGGAUGAACCUGCAGUGGGAAGAAGCUCGGCUGGAGCAGAUGCGAGCCCAGAUGCUGAGGAACCGGGAGCUCCUGCUCGAGUUUGAAAAUGGCAUCAACCACCUCUUGAUCCGUCUGCAUGGCAUCACUGUGCCCGGCCAGGAUGAGUCUGAAAAGGCCAGGGGGGUGGAGGAGAAGCUCCAGCACUGUGAGCGGAAGGUGCAGUACCUGGUGCAGCGGCUGGCCGACCUCCCCGACAGGCACAGCCCCGACGAGGACAACGAGACUUUUGUGAAGGUCAGAAAUUUUCUGGAGAAAACAGCCAUGAAUGAUCCACAGAACCUGAAGAUUUCCUUGGAGGACAUAGACAGUAGGGUCGAAGACCCCUUCGAUUUUGCUGACAAAGACCAGGGCCUUGUCCUCACCCGGGAAGACAUCAAGAAGCAGGGGCUGCAGCUGAUCGAAAGCAAGAAGAAAAGUGGCAAGAAGAAGUAGCGGUUGCUCCAUGAGAGCUUUGGACACCCCAGAGCACCCCUUGUGCUUUGGAUG